AUGCCGUCGUAUAAGCUGAUAUACUUUCCAGAUCGAUUUCGGACCGAGGUAUGUCGUCUGCUCUUCGUGCUCGCCGAAGUCGAGUUCGAUGACCACCGUGUGGACUAUAUGGAAUGGUCGACGAAGUUGAAGAAAUGCUCGAAUGCUCCUUACGGUGAUUUACCAAUCUUAGAGAUUGAGAGCGAGGAAGGAAAGAUUAUUCUCCCUCAGAGUCGAGCCAUUCAACGGUAUUUGGCAAAGGAAUUUGGUCUAUAUGGAGAGUCAAACGAUGAGUCUGUGAUCAUCGAUGUAGUAACAGAAUGCUGGGAUGAAUUCCUAGACGCAGCAGCUAAGAUUAUGUUUGAAGAAGAACAAACCAAGAAGGCAUCGUUAGCUGAUGUGGCGACCUUCAACUAUAUAGACGUGGUGAAAGACUGGGUUGGUGAAGAGCUCUUCUCCUCUUAUCCUAAACUACUAGCUAUCAGAGAUAAUAUAAGCAAGAUAGAGAGCAUAGCAGCUUAUCUUGCAGGCAGACCUAAGUGUCUGUACUAG